AUGGCGUCCUUCCACAACUCCUUCCACGGAGCACCAGAGUGCAACAACUGCAGCCAUGUCCUCAGCCAUACCCACAAGUUCUGCCCGCGGUGCGGGGCCGCCGCGUCCGGCGCCUCCCUUGCCGCCCCCUCCUCCUUCGUGUCCUCCCAGCUCGGGCGGAAGCGGCUGUUCAGCGGGGACAGCGACGAGGGCAGCGAGAUGGCCGACUGCGGUCGGGAGGACCUGCUGCAGGAGCUCCAGGAGAACGAGAGGCUGACCGAUAGGAUCACGGAGCUCGAGAGGCUGAAGGCCGAGCUGGCGGAGAGCUGGCUGCAGAAACACCAGCAGCUGGAGAGCAGCCUCGAGGAGCUGCACCUCGCAGAGCACGAGGAGGCGGAGGCCCAGUACCAGGCCUCCCUCGAGGAGGAGCGGGCGGCGAGCAACCAGGCGUCGCCCGGCGUGCCGUCUCCGUCGCUGGUGCCCGUCAAGAUGGCGAGCAAGCCCCUGGCCAGCAUCCUGGCCGAGCAGGUGCGGGACAUCGUGCAGGUAGAGCACCACCUCAAAGACGAGGAUGACUACGCCCACCUCGUAGAGGACCGCGCCAGGCUGCGGAGGGAGUUCCAGGCGGGGGAGGAGGAGCUCGAGCGACGGCGCGCGAAGGUGAGCGAGGCGGAGCACCAGCUGGAGCUGCAGCAGCGCGCGCUCGAGGAGGCACGACUGGAGCUGGAGAAGGUCUUGGGCCCGCACGAGAGCGCACCCUUUGAGGCGGAGGACGGGCAGGGCGCAGGUGACCCCGAGGGCACCGCGCGCAUCUCCCCGCCGCCGCUGGAGGCGACGCCGGCGCCGCAGGCUCCGCAGCCCCCGCAGUCGGACGGCGCGGAGUGCAGCGAGCUCCACGGGCAGAGCACCAGCGAGCCGCUCGAGGGCACCGAGCGCACCUCCCCACGGGAGUCGUCGGAGAGCCUUCAGACUCAGCAGCCCGAGUUCUCCGGCGGCACCACCUGCGGCGGCCUCAGUGGGCAUGUCGUCGUUGAGCCGGUGGACGCCCCCGAGGGGAAGCUCGGGAGAGCGCAGGCCCCGCAGCCCCUUCCGUUGGACGGCGCCACCCUCGAGCGCGCGCGGGCGCUCGGGCUCUACGACGCGGUGCGGCGCCAGUGCUACGAGCGCUCCGCCGAGCUCGCGGACCCGCCCGCCCCGCGGCGCGGCGCCUGCGAGGAUGGCUGCCUCCAGCCUCCGCGGCCCGAGGUGCCGGACAGCGCCGUCGCGCACGCCCGGGCGCUGGGGCUCGGCGACGCGGUGCGGGGGCGGUGCUACCAGCGCGCCCUGGAGCGCGCAGAGGCCGCGGCGCAGGAGUCCCGGUCGCCCCCCCUGGAGGGGAGGCGCGUCUCCUUCGGCCCGCCCUCGAGGCCCCAACGCGCCCGGCUGGACACCGAGGCGGCGUCCGCGGAGAGCGCGGAGGACGAAGAGGAGCUUCACACCGAGACGGCGCCCCAGGACCUCCGCAGGGUGUCCACCUACUCCCUGGAGGAUCGCUACGAGGCCCUCACGACGAUGGCGAAAUACGUGCAGGUGCGCGUAUCCAACGCCGGGGAGACGCCGGACACAGAGGACCUUCGGGCGCUGUGGGAGGUCUUUCAAGCGUGCGACGCCAACGGCGACGGCAGCAUCAACCUGAGGGAGCUCAUCAAGGCUUGCCGCGAGAUCCCGGAGGUCGCCGCCUUCUUCGGCCUGCCUUCGGAGAUCCAGCAGGAGAGUGCCUCACGGCAGGCGGUGAUGGAGUUCUUCCAAAGCGCUGAUGUCGACAACGACCGGGAGAUCACCUGGGAGGAGCUGUGCCGCGCCCACCGCCGGCGCUCGCGAGCGGGCUCCCGGCGCUCCAGCCGCUCCCCGCGCCUUCGCCUCGCGAGCCGGGGCGCCCAGGACGACCGCCGGCAUUCUACUUGCUCGCUGGAGGCCCGAUACGAGGCUCUGUCGCCGAAGGGCAUGCUGGCCGUGGAAGACGCGCGCCAGCAGGUCGUCGCGGGCUCCCGCCUCGCUGCGCUGGAGGGCGCCACGGCCGCGCGCGGUGCAGCCGUGGCGGAGGCCGAGGAGAGGCUGGCCCACGUCCGGGCGUUGCUGAGCGAGGCGCGCGCCUCCGCCGCGCGCCUCCGCGAGGAGGUUGACGAGGUGGAGCGCCGCAGGCUGGAUGCCCGUGAUUCGGCGCGCGCCAGGGAGGAGCGGCUGCGGCGCGAGCUCGAGGUGGCCCUGGGGCGCUUGCGGGACCGCCGCGCGCCGCAGCCCGAGGCCUCCUGGUUGUCCAUGUUCGGCGCCAGCUUCUGCUGCUCGCGCGCCGGGGGCACCCCGGCAGCCCCGCCACCGCCGGCAGAGGCGCUGUCCCUGGCCGGCGCUGCCAGCGACGAGGGCGCCCUGGCGCCAGCGGGGCCGGCGGCGGAGCUGGCCGGCGCCGCCGACGCGGGCGCUCCCGCGGCAGCGGGGCCAGGAGGGGCGCCGAGCGAGGCCCUGAUCAGCGCCUGA